CCAGUCGUCAUGACAGGCGUUGUAGAUCAAUGGCCAGCGUACGAAAAGUGGAAGAAUCUUGAAUACCUCAACGAACUUGCUGGUUAUUGUUUCCGGACUGUCCCGAUUGAGCUUGGGAGAAAUUACUUGGAAUCAGGAUGGACCCAAAGACUCAUGACGUUAGAGAGUUUCUUCGAUGACAUCAUCAGGUCGCUGCUGCUGUUGUCUAAGGGAGAUGUUAUUGGGUACCUAGCUCAACAUGAUUUGUUCGAACAGAUCAAGGAAUUGCGGGAUGACUUUCUGGUUCCAGACUACACAGCAUUGACCGGCGACGAAGAAGAUGACACUCUCGUCAUGAACGCAUGGUUAGGGCCCGGGGGAACUGUCACUCCCCUUCACUACGACAAUUACAACAACAUCUUCGCACAGGUGGUAGGAAGCAAAUAUAUCAGGCUUUAUCACCCCAGGGAGCAAGAAGCUAUGUAUCCACAUGGUGGGACGGAGUACAACACAAGUCGAGUUGAUGUUGAGGAAGUGGACAAGGAAAAGUUCCCCCUGUUCCAAAAAGCUUCUUUCACGGACUGCGUUCUGGAAGCGGGACAGUGUUUGUUCAUCCCAAAAGGAUACUGGCACUAUGUAAGAUCAUGUGAAACUAGCUUUUCCAUAAGUUUCUGGUGGAAGUAG